AUGAGUUCCAUUCGAUUGAUUGCGGCAGCGUGCGUGCUUGCGCUGGUUCAGAUGGCUAGCGGUCAGCUCGUGACAGUAGGCACAUGCCCGGAACACCCGGUGCACGUGAAUUUCGACGUGGAGCGUUACCUCGGCUUGUGGUACGAGAUCCGCCGGUACGAGCAGGUGUUCCAGCUGGGUGGCGAAUGUGUCACCGCCGAGUACUCGCUGAACGCCGACGACAGCGUGCGAGUGUUCAACUCCAUGGUUGUGCCACCGUCGCAGGUUCGCUCCUCGGACAUUGGCCGCGCUGUCAUCGCUUUCCCGGAUGGAUCACCUCUGGAGGCUAAGCUGAACGUCACCUUCGACGCGGCUCCCGUGGAGGUAUCGGCCAACUACUGGGUUUUGGGUACGGACUACGACAGCUACGCCGUUGUGUGGGGUUGCUUCGGAGUUGGAGGUACUCUGCGUGCCGAAAGCGCCUGGAUCCUUUCCCGUACGCCCGUGCUGAGUGUCGAUGCUGCGGCCGAAGCGCAAGAGUACAUCGAUAUGUACCUGAGCGAGGAAGAUCUCCGCACGACCAUUCAGGAUAACGAGUUCUGCUGCACGGUUGAUCCUGAAGUCACUGCCUACCCACCGUGUCAAUAG